AUGGAUGCUGCCGCAGAAGCGUUCUUCCAGGAUACCAAGGAGCUGCAGCCCGCAGAUCUCGAGAGGCGACGUGUGCAGUUGCAGGCCUUCCUGACCCAGGUGAAAUCGCAGAAUCUGCGGGUGGCGCUGAUCACCUCGGGAGGCACCACAGUGCCCCUGGAAGUCAAGACCGUGCGGUUCAUUGACAACUUCUCCAGUGGCACUCGUGGGGCCUUGUGCACCCAGGAGCGGAGUCGCUCCGAGAAUUGGAAGGCCUAA